AGAGCCAGCCAAGGGGUCUGCCAUGACUCAGCGGUUACAGGAGAGCUGGCAGUCACCUCCAAGUAUCGACGAAUUGCGUUUGCUGCAGUGCAAAGAUGCCCAGAAUGUCUGGGUUACGCACGUGCAACCCUUCCUGAAAGGCUACCAAAUCUUCAAGCUGUUCGAACCGCGUUCGGAGACAUUUCGUCCAACCAUUCGUGAAAUGCGAUCCGACGAUACCGUGGGUUACAAACUGAAGAAGGAACAUGAGAUACAAACUCAGACCGUAACCAGUCUUGGUCGCCCCGCUGAGCGGCGGGAUGGCAGUAAUACGUGGGUUUUCCUCAGACUUUCGACCAUCGGUUCUCCCAAAGAUGACGGGCAUCAUCUCGCUAUACUGUCUCGCAUCAAACAGAACGCCGGCCAUUUCGCUAGAAGUGCCGUUGUACCCGAUGAAAUUCUCACAUUGGGCGAGGGGGCUCACCAAUUUUCGAUCGCAGUGUUUCCGUACUUGUCGCCUUUACCCCAUCUUGAAGGGCUCAAAGAUGUACGGGAGCUUAUGCACGUGAGUAUUCAGCUUGUUGAUGCCAUCGCCGUCUUACACACGUUUCGAAUUGCGCAUGGUGAUAUCAACCUAAGCAACUUCCUUGUUAACACAGUCGGCCCAACUCCUUUCAAGCCUGGAUGGCAGUCCACGUUCCCUUUCCAAGUUCUCAUAAUCGAUUUCGAAACUGGCGUGUUGUAGAAUCUUGAAGAACCCUAUGAAUCUUGCGUUCGUGUGGGUCCGGUACACUCACAGCACAAGAGGGAAUGCGCGCCCGAGGUCGGCACUGGUGACGAGUAUAAUGCCUUCCAGGCUGACAUGUUCCAACUGGGCAAAGUAUUGUCCGAGCUAUGGGACAACCAGUCUGUUCAGUGUGCGGCCGUUGAAGCAAUAGUCAAGAAACUACUUGACCGAAACCCAACAAGUCGUCCACGAGCGAAUACACUAGUGAACGAUCUGUGGUUCAUUGAACGAGAGCUGAGUCGGAGUGGAAGGUUGGGAUUGCCCAUCCCCUCUGAAUUAGGCAAUAGGUUGGACUUGGGUUAAUUGUAUCGCCUUUGGGAAUGAUGAUGUGUGAGGCAAUCAGG